CAGUGCUCGCAGUUGCGGCGCAGACGGCGUCAACGACUGUUGUCCGUGGCGCCCACGCAACCGUGGCUCUUUGGCGGGAAGCGUAACGGACAUCUUGCGCGAUUUUUGCGUCAUGUCUUGUGGUCGUGGACCGGUGGGACGUUUCGACAACACAAGAAGCUGCUUCCCGUUCUUUGGCAGCUUACAUCUCGAUGUGCCACAAAACUGUUCCUCGGGGUGUUCGUCGACAGAACUUUGAACGUAUGUUGCGCGGACAGUUGGAGACAGCGGCCCGAGGAAAGGAGGAGCACAAUCAGCCUCUUCAGAACUUGGGAGCGCACAACAGAACUUCUGAAUUAUUCUUCGUGGAAGGCCAAGGAGAGGAAAACCUGGAACAAGCGAUCGCUGCCCUGCGCCCUGGCCUGAUCGUCUGCAGCUCCAGCGGCAACUCCAUGGGACCCGCGCAGAGGUUGCGAGCGGAAGCGGAGAGGGACGUCCAGGUGUGCUGUCUGCGUGAAGACGUCCUGGAGCGCGUGGAUGCAGUCGUGGUCCCGGCCUCUAACGGUACUCACGUGACGCUCACCAGGGCGGCGCUGUUCGACAACAUGGCCGCUCAGCCCGACGGACGCUACGCCUGCGUCGCCAUGGUUCGAAACCGCACGUCGGCCGCGGCUGCAGCCCCUUCGGACGAAAGCAGCGGCGGAGUCACCGUCGUCGGAACUGUCCUUCCGGCCUGUGCGGAUGGCUGGCGUUGCAAUUACGCAGUUGCCAACGACAAAUGCACGUCGGUCUGUCGCUGCCCUUUUGGAAUGCACGCCAUAGAAGGCAUAUGGAGGUGCAGUGACUCCUCGGGACCUUCCAAAGUUGAGCUUGAAGUCCUGGAUGAAUUCGGGAGUCAUUACGAAGACGGAGACCGCGUUCUGGUGGUGUCGCGCGACACCUUAAUCCUGCGUUAUCGCUACGGAGUGAGCUCGGACGCAACAUUGCUGGAACAGGUCUCCGGGGAGGAGCCGUGGAGGCGCACCGUGUCGUUGUCGUCCAAGUCCGCCGUCCAGCGUCACGAGGGGAGUCUCGUCCUGUGGGAGGUCACCCGACCGCUGGCAGUGUUCGUGCAGGUGACUCUGCACAGCCGGCCGCCCCUGACCAAGUCUGUGAUGCUCAAUCUCGUCGUGGUCCCACGCCUCGCUGUCGGCAUGCCUUGCCAUGAGGACGGCGACUGCCGGGGCGUCAACGGGCUCUGCAUGGAACGGCAGUGCCAGUGCUCGUUUGCACUCGACGCCAACGGCACCUGCAUUGUUGUCGGUUGUGGGAAAAACGACGACUGCGCAAGGAAUCCCGGAACCAUAUGCGUGGAUUCUACUUGCCGUUGUCCCACGGGAAGCGACUUGAGAAACGGCAGAUGCUGGCACCGCGCUUGCAAGAGUCACUUCCAGUGCUCUCAUGAGCGUCGGCACACGGUCUGUUUCCGUAGCUCCUGCCAGUGUGCGCACGGCUUUCGAGACGUUGACGGGACCUGCAUGCCCAUAGAGUGCUCUCACGACGUCGAGUGUCGGGAUCCCUUGAUGCGCUGCCGAAACGCAUCGUGCGAAUGCUCCGAACGAUACGUCGACAACGGGGAACGCUGCACGCCAGGGCACAAGCAGUGCGACGGGCUCAAGAACUGCCCAGAAUCGAAGGCACUCUGCACCGCUGGAAACUGCUCCUGCCCCGAGGGAUUUGCUCCGGCUGGCAACAGAUGUGUCCGAGUGUCUGCCGGCCCCAAGAAGUGCCUGACCAGCGACGACUGCAAGUGGAGCGAGCUGUGCGUCAACCGUCCUUGCGUGUGCCGUCGGGAGCCGUUCUCGUUGUCCGGCGUAUGCCUGGAAUAUGGAGCUGGCCCAGGCGCACGGUCGCUUACAGCUGGGUACGAUUCUUGGAAAUACCCUAUUUUGCAAGGAGGAGGAGGAGAAGAGAAAAGCAGAAGGAACAAAUAUGGAUUAUGCACACUCACUGACUGGACGGCCGAGCAACGCUACCGCCUACGCGAGCCUGUUUUACCUGGUUGCACACUGACAAACGAAAAGAGCCUGCCUGCUAACGCACGGCGGUGACAGUUAGCCCUUCAGUCACGUGACCAGUGCCGACGGUUGGGGGCGCCACGAUCGCGGCGGCGGGCUUCCGAAAAAAAGGCUCGCGAUGCGGUGAAGACCCCCUUCGCCGAGUCUGGACGGAAGGCUCACCUCGGGCGUCCCUCCCAGCG